AUUUAAAUAAAUAAGCGGAGAUAGCCAUGUUCCUUGGACAUAUUGUGAUGGCACAGAUCCAGAACCAGAAACGAUACGAGCAAGCUUUAUUAGAGAUCUUGCAGUACCUUAAAACUCAUGAUAGCGAAGUGGAUAUAAAAUUUGAUUCCAAUUAUUGCACUAUUUCAGCAAAGGAGCAGUUUUAUGAUGUGGUUCAUAUUCCUUUUCAAGUGAACCAUCUCAAGACUUGUUACUACAGAAUCUACCAUGGAAUCAAUCCUAGCGAGGACGUUAAAAUUUUUGGAGGCAUCGCUUGGGAGGUUAUGAAUAUACUGAAGGAGCAUUUCCCCAGCAAGAUCCAUAUUUAUCAAGAAAAUUUAGAAAUCUGCGAUCCAUAUUAUAAGCCAUUGACCACAAAAGAAGAGGUCAGGAGGCAAGCCAGCUGCCUUGAAGCAAGGAAAGAGACUCAGUAUUUGUUAACAGUUGAUGAGCUAGAGGAUCUAUGGGCUGUCUUAGAUACUUCUAUUAAGAUUAAUGACUUCAAAAUUCAGACUAACUUGCUUGAGACAUUGCUGAACCCAGAAUUCACCUCAAAUGCUAGACUUGUACAAUCUUUUUGACAUGAAUUAAUACAUGAGCUAAUAGAAAAAGAGCAGUCUCAGAGCUUAUUUAAAGUCCAAGAACUUUCAAUCAACUUAAAAACAAGGUAUGAAGAUGCCAAGAGAAUCGAGGAAUCUAAAGAAGAGGAAGAGCAAGAAGCCUCUCCCGGGAAAUCCAAGUCAAUUUCAGCACUUUCUGACCAGGAGAGCACCUUCGAGAGACCAAUGAGCAUGAGAGUUUGUAUGUUUCAGAUCAAUGAGAGUAAUAAUCUGGAAAGAAUCACUAAUCUUCUGCAAAACUUGCACUCUUUCUCUAGUGAGAAUCUGUUUAAACUUGCUCAUAAGUAUGACCUAGACCAGAAGUUAAUCAGGAUUAUUCAAAAAUACUGCAAUGGAGAUUACGGGUUUGACCUGAAUGUUUCAAAAAUUGGAUCUUUCCAAAGAAAUUACUUCAGGGUCAUAAUGAAAACCUUCACUACAGAAGUGUUGGUCGAUAAGCUAGCUGACUCAGAUUUCUUCGAGCUUUAUGGACAGCUGAUCCAGGAAGCCCUCAUCUUUGCGUAUGAUUAUACCUUCAAAAUUGAUAUGCCGGCAGGAUGUAAAAUAUUUGAGUUCCUAAGAGAGUCUUUAGACAUCUUUAACCUUCUAAUGAAUCCGAAGUUCCUACCUAACCUCUCAGGAAUUUUAGAAAUCUUCGCUAAGUUACAAGAGAGGCUUCAAAAGGUUUCAAUGUCAGGCGAAAACUCAAAGGUUGGUUCAACGAACAAUGAUUUCCUAAUGAAGUUUCUUGAGACAAACUUUACUAAGGAUACUGGGGUUGAUGAGAUCGAUGUUGAUAAGAACUUUACCGAAAAUAAUCCUAAAUUACAAGAAAACCUCGUCAACUGAUGUCCUAAAUUAUCAGGUUUCGGGGAGAGACUGGUGUACCUGAGAUGAAAAUUUGAAGCAAUUGCUGAGUAUACCAACACAUCUAAUCACAUUCUUCCUGGUCUGUUUGGCUCAAACGAUCGGCCUCUAUAUAACGAAGGAAUAUCAAAAAUCCAGACAGAGGAAUUAAAGUUUGGGCAAGAUACUAAUUAUGGAAUUGAUCCAACAGAUCCAAAGAAAGACUAUACUAGGCUCUCUCGAGAUUAUGUCAGAAGCUACCAGGAUGUGAAGAAUGGGUACUAUGACAAAGAGAAUCUAGGCAACAGAAUAAAUGAAGAAAAUGAGUAUAAGAGGUCAAAGAAUAGUAAGGAGAUUUCACACAAAAGCUUUGUUCCAAGAGAGCCUCACUAUUACUCUGGCCAGAACUAUAAUGAAAGACCUUUAGACUACAACGGCUCAUAUAAGCUUAAGACUUGCACUAAGGAUAGGCAUGGGAGGGACCUGGACACCUCUCCAAUGAACAAAGACUCUGUAGCCUCCCCAAUAUCGUACCAGAGUAACAACGCAUAUGUGGAAGAGCCGGAUCUUAGGUACGGCGAAACACAUGGCCGGACAACCUUCCAAAGGAACCCUUAUGAGUAGACACUGGCUGAGUA